AUGCCUGCUGUCGCCGCAAACAAAGCGUCCUCGACGCAAACGUUCAACAAGCAAUUAGCUUCUAGCAAUCGGCAAACUCGCGAUCAGGCGCUCGAAAGACUUCGACUGUACUUGGGUCGCAGCACGGCGUUCACUCCUCUCGACUGUCUGAAACUAUGGAAGGGUCUGUUUUAUUGCAUGUUCAUGUCCGACAAGCCGCUGAAUCAGCAGCGGCUCGCGCGCAAUCUGGCCGGUCUUGUGGAUGUGCUCACAACACGUGAGAACACAUUGAACUUCAUUGAGGGCUUCUGGAAGAUCAUGAGUAGGGAAUGGAAUGCCAUCGACAGUCUGCGUCUGGACAAAUACCUGUAUCUCAUCCGAUGCUACGUCCGGAAAGGAUUUGAGUUGUGCCUGAGCACUCGCGGGCAGAAGUGGAAGCUCAACGAUGAUUACCUGGCCAUUCUUCGAGAUGAUGGAGGGCCAUUGAACUCUCGCGAUCCCAAAGUUCCAGUUGGACUGCGGCUGCAUGUAUUGGAUACGUGGGUGGAUGAACUGGACAAGGAAGAUACUUCACGAACGGCGCUAGUGGAGACUUUCAUCGCACCACUUCGAGAUUUGGCCAAAGAGACGCUAACGACAAGUGUUCGAAAAAGGGUCAAAGAAACCCUUGAAGACGAGCGACUGGAAGACUGGAAGAACGAGAAGGUUCCUGAGAAGACAGAUGAUGAUGGGAAAGAUGUGAACAUGCAAGACAGACCCAACCAAGUAGACGAGGGGGAAAACGCUGAUUUCGAAGGGUUCGACGAUUGA